GAAGCCGAACCGAACAGAACGGAGGCUUUAAACCCAGUGCCGUACAGAUUUUCCCCACCCCCACUCGGUGAUGACUUCCUGAUUACCAUGCGAUAUUGCACCGAUUUCCGCCGACAGACCUUGCUAAAUUCCAUCAAUUUUUGCUCAUUUCUCUGAAAUUUUGUUUACGAUCGACUCUCUGGUUGUUUCCGAUUUGUCUUUGGAUGGCUGCCAGUGCAAAUCCUUCAGGGGUUCACAGUAACGGGAACGCCAAUAACGGGAACUCCAACGGCGCCGCGCAAGAGAAUGCGAAUGGCGGAAGCGUCUCCGCCACGGAGAAUUCCGUGGCGGGACCCAACCAGACUUCCCUCCGCCAUAACCCGGGCCUCUCGCUUGAUUGGACACCGGAGGAACAGUCCACGCUCGAAGAUUUGCUUGCGAAAUAUGCAUCUGAACCAAGCAUAGUUCGAUAUGCUAAAAUUGCUCAGGCUUUAAAAGAUAAGACAGUUCGUGAUGUUGCAUUUCGAUGCCGAUGGAUGAACAAAAAGGAAAACGGCAAGAGAAGGAAAGAUGAUCAUAACUCAAGGAAAAGUAAAGAUAAGAAGGAAAAAGUUAUAGAUUCAUUGCCAAAAUCUUCUCAAGUAGCAAGCCGAGCCAAUAAUCCGCCCUAUGUUCAGUCAAUGAUGUCACUGGAUAGUGAUGAUGGAAUCUCAUACAAAGCUAUUGGUGGAGCUACAGGUCAGCUUCUCGAGCAAAAUGCUCAUGCCUUGGAUCAAAUUUCUGCCAACUUCUCUGCUUUCAAGAUACAUGAGAACAUUGAUCUCUUCUGUCAGGCUCGAUCCAACAUCCUUUCAAUUUUGAACGAUUUCAAUGACUUGCCAGAAAUAAUGAAGCAGAUGCCUCCGCUGCCGGUCAAGCUGAACGAAGAACUCGCCAACUCCAUUCUCCCUCGACCACUGCCAAAAAAGGUGUGAUGCCCUCGCUCGUCUCCUCUCCCUCGAUCCAUCUGUAGUUGUAGCGAAAAAAUAAAAAUUAAGAAGUGGUUAGUUCAAGUCAGGUCUCAGUUGUGGUAUGUAAAGGUCGUAUUUCUUUUAUGUUUGCACUUUGUAAUAGUUUCUACUUGUCUUUCUCAGUUUCUUGCUUUCAGCCACUAUAGUGAGUUUGUGUAGAGUAUGUUGUAAUUUGUUUUUUCUUGUGUAAAUAAGUAAAUCUAGGGAGAUUUUUUUUUAAUUUAUUUUUAUUCAGAAAUUGCUGCAAUUUAUUUGUAUUGCUAGGGAGAAAAUAUUAUUUA